AUGUCAGGAUAUGAUCACCGAUUCGCUCAAGGAAUUCCAGAUUAUUCUACAGAGAUCCCUGUCCCAGGGUUAAAUGCACGAGGAUCAUUUACGGGAAACUUCAAUGAUGCGGAACCACAUUGCAGUCCCGGUUUCGGUGCUCCCGAUGCCGCGUUUAGAAAUAUCCAGGCCUUUGAAACAGCUACCUUAUUUCCUCCAAAUAUCCCUGCUGAAUCCUUAAUAUGGGAACAAAACAAACUGGCAGAGGACAUCCCCUGCGCGCCUCCUACUACAGCUUCACAUCCAGUUAUGAGUCCUGCGGGCACCGGCGGCGAACAUGGUGUUGAGUCCAUACAGGCGGAAAAUCACAUGAGUAUCAUCCUAGCGGGAUUAAGAGACCUGAUACAGAUUUUAGAUUUGUCCGGGAUACUGCUAUCUGUGUCCCCUUGCUGCAAGGCACUGACAGGGUACGAAUCGGAGGAUUUAAUAGGCAAUGUCUUGUUUGAGUUUAUCCAUCCAGAUGACCGCUCAAUGGUCGUCAAAGAGUUUGCUAGUUCAAUAAACACAAAAACUCCAUUCCAGUGCUACUACCGUUUUAAGAAGCAUGAUGGGACUUAUCUACUAUUGGAUGCCCAUGGGGACAUCGACUCUGCGACAAGCAUGGAGUUCUCAAUAAUCGCCCGCCCCUACCUGACUAAACAAAGACAGCUUCUCGACUCCUUUCUAGAACAUAAACUGGAGAACGAACGACUGACCAGACGCAUCGCAGAACUGAAACGGGAAGGGGAAUUUCAGCUUUACGGCCAUGAGAUUAAACCAGACAGCGAGCAAGUCCGCUCCAUGCCAUCACAAACCCAUCGCGAUUUAACCAGCAGCCCAGCCUUCCACCCUCCUCCUACCAGUGAAUUUCAAUUCGGACUUGCUACUGUACCACCGCCCAAUCCUCCAAUGCUGCCCAAUGUGACGGCAUCCCUACCCCGUCAUAACAUUUCCCAUCCCAUUGGCUUCGAAGGUAGCACAUAUCUAGACGAUAUCGAGCUCAUGACUGGCCUGCGCUAUGGGGCUGGCGAACGCGCGCGGGGGAUAAGUACCGGUGACCCUGAGGGCACUAUUUUCCAGAGUGACGGGCUUCCGGCGACUGCUUUCACGGGGAGCCGCAGGGAUGGUAUUAAGGGCGCUAAGGCCAACACUGAAAGGAAACGCAGGAUUAGGCCUGCGGAAACGAAUUCCUGCACCGAUUGCGGGACCUUCUCGUCGCCUGAGUGGCGGAAGGGCCCGAGCGGGAAGAAGACGCUCUGUAAUGCUUGUGGACUGCGCUGGGCAAAGCUGGUGAAAAAGUGCCAGCAAGAAACGGGCACUACAUCAGAGGGAGAUCGGAAACUGUAAGUUAUGAUUCGGGCAGUUUUCUAACUGGUAUGAAGGGCCCCAUUAAUCUUUUUUUUAUUAUUUCUUGUGAUGAUGGAUUGAUAUCAAAUCCCCAUUGUUCUGGGCAUCAAUAUGUUUGACUUUUUCUUUCAAUCCAUAUUCCCCUGGUAUCCCCAUGUUCUUCGGAUAUUUAAUGUGUAAUACAUCACCUAUGAUUUAUGACUAUUUACUUUCUAUUGGUGUACAUAACUCCUUAUAUAGAGGGAGAAAGGGUGUUCCUUUCUUUGGGAAACAUGAAAUUAAAUUCGUCAAUGAGAUUCUUACAUCGAGAUCAUGAACUCUCAGUUUCGAUAUGCUUCAAUAUGCUCUGGAAAUGGAGCACUCAGGAAAGCAAUACAAUGCGAGCAAGACAUGCUAACGAGCACCUUAUUUCUCAAUUCUGUGAAACCCCUCGGUAGCCAUCUCCAUAUAAACUCGGAGCUUGGGAAAAGCCAGGAACGCCUAUUCGGUCAAGAAACAGAGAAAAAAGGAAAACAGUACGGUAUUGUUUCAUGUGUCCAUCCGACUGCCGCCGCUGGAUUCUUCCGUUUUGCUCUCAUUUGGUCCUUCAUCUGUUUCCAUCGCUGACGCUGUCAGCACGCCAUUUUCUUGCUUCGGCUCUUCAGAUUGCACCAUUGAAACAGGCCCUGGCUGGUCUUCCUUCGGCGCCCCAACAGGCUUCUCAGGUGUAUCACCAAUGACAAUGUCUCCAUCUGCAUCUCUAUCUGUAUCACCCUUCAUAUCAUCACUUAACUCAUCAUUACCCGUUGAUUCUCGCAGGGCGUCAUUUGAAUCGGCCGCCGAACCACCACCGCCACGAGAGACAUCAGUGCGAGGGGGACUGGCCGACAGUGACAUCACCACUCCCUUCCCAUUCUGCAAUCCCAUAUCUUCUACGCCCAGGAUAUUAGGACCUCUCGCAUGAGGCACUUCCUCGAAUUCUUCCCCUUGUGCUUCUCCCUCAGCUCCCUCACCCAUCAGAGACGAAGCCGUCUGGUGC